CGCGCGAUACCUGAUGGGAUUUGUAGUUCCGUUCGGGGAAGUGCAUGCGCAAUAAGGUUUGGAUAAGGGUGACCAAGACGAGAGAUGUCUGAGUGGAUGCGGUGACUGGAGAGCUGUUCGCCUCGUCCCAGAGAAUGGAGGCGUCGGGUGAGAAACGGAUCCUUCUCACGCUGUGUUCCUGCGGUGCAUGCUGUGGAUUCGAGUGACAGGAAUGAGGACUCGCCGGUGGAUAUUCUCUGCUGUCAUGCGCCUCUUACUGAGGUGCCUGAGAAUAGGUCAGCGCCACCGGUUCUGGCCAACCCAGAAGGUGUGGCAGCUGUGGCUAUAUGGACGUCUGUGCCUGCGCUCUCUGCUGUACAACUCUUUCACUGACAGUGACACUGCCCUUGAUGCUCUCUUUGAGCCUGUCUACUGGCUGGUGGAUCACAUCACCCGUUGGUUUGGAGUGGUGUUUGUUGCAUUGGUGAUUAUUCUGACCAGUUCAGUGGUGUGCAUUGUGUAUGUUUGCCUCUUGCCACUCAUACUGCGGACCUACCCUCUUCCCUGGAUCUUCUGGCACUUCAUCUAUGGCCACUGGAACCUUGUCAUGAUUGUCUUCCACUACUACAUGGCCAUCACUACUCAGCCCGGUUGCCCUCCACAGCAGUCGAAGAGUGACAUCGCUGCUGUCUCCAUCUGCAGGAAAUGUAUUGCCCCGAAGCCUGCCAGGACCCACCACUGCAGCAUCUGCAACAGGUGUGUUCUGAAGAUGGACCAUCACUGUCCAUGGCUGAACAACUGUGUUGGGCACUUCAACCACCGGUACUUUUUCUCCUUCUGUCUCUUCAUGACCAUGGGUUGCAUCUACAGCAGCAUCAGUGGCUGGGACAUGUUCUGGGAGGCCUAUGCUGCCAUUGAGAAAAUGAAACUGCUUGCCAAGGAGAGACUGCAAGUGACAGCCAAUCAGACUUAUGGUCAGACACCACCACCUACUUUCACCUUCAACCAGAGAGCUUUCCACAAGAGUGUUGUGUAUGCCUGGGUCCUUUGCAGUUCAGUGGCCUUGGCCCUGGGAGCCCUCAUGAUCUGGCAUGCUGUCCUCAUCACCCGGGGGGAGACCAGCAUUGAAAGACACAUCAACCGCAAAGAGAAAAAGAGGCUCCAGAAGAAGGGCAAGGUGUUUCGAAAUCCAUACAGCUAUGGACCUUUGGGCAACUGGAAGGUGUUCCUAGGUGUUGAGAGAAAGAGGCAUUGGGUCACCAGAGUUUUGUUGCCCUCCACUCACUCACCUAAGGGAUCUGGCUUGAACUGGGAUACUGCCCUCUAUGUUUCUGAACAGAAGACAGAACUCCUAGCAAUAUGAACUGAACAAGCAGCACACUGUAUCAUGUGUGGAAGAUUAUAGGUCACACCUUACUUCCAUGGAGAAGCAUAGCAGAAAUUUCUAUCCCUUAGAAAAUGGCUGGCUGAACCACAUAGUGGCUCAUCAACAUUGACCUGCUUCCAGCGGUUUGAGGAGGAAGGCAGAGGAAGCCCCAGCUGCAGGCAGCUGUGAGGGCAACAGGGAUACUUCUUGCCCUCCCUGUUUAGUGUCCAAGCACAUACAUUCUAGCCUGCCUAGAGUAAAUUAUUGGCAUUCCAGGGUCCUGCUGCUCUCCUUGUAAGAAGGCAGGGAUUUUUUUAACAUUUAAGAAUAAAGCCAUUUUAAUAUUAA